AUGGCAGGCUACGGCAACCGCACAGCACCCACGUCCCUCCCCUCGUCCCUAACCGACGCACACGAAAGUACCCGUCUCGGCCUCCACACCUCGCGCGACGCCUACUCGGACGCACAUCCGAAAUACGGCUCCGGGGCAACAGGCGGCGCAGGCUUCGGUACCAUAUUUCUUCUCACGCAUUAUCCCAUCUCUACCUCCACCUCCUCCUCCUACCAGCCCCUAAUUUCAUCGCCCACUACUCGAAACAAAAGAAUGCAAGACUACCAACUAACUCACCAAGGCAACAAAUCCGACCUCCCCUCCGCUUCCCCCUCCAACGACGAAUUCCGCUUCGGCCUGCACGCCGACACGGCGCCGUACUCGGGCGCCAGCGAGUCGCGCGCGGGCAGUGGGAGUACGGGUGGGGCCGGGUAUGGGAAUAAGACGGGGGGGUUUGCGCAUAGCGGUGAUUCGACGCUGGGCAAAGUCAUGGAGAAAGCGGGACAUGUGAUGCAUAAUGAGGGGUUGGUGGCCAAAGGGGCAGCGAAGAGGCAGGAGGCGGUGGCGGAGGGGGAGGCGAGGGAGAAGCCGCCUUUUGCGAAUUGA